GGCAUGUAAAUUUAGCUUCGUGAAAGGCAUGCCAUGGAUUAUGUCUUGGGACUCUCAGAUUUCGUCUUCAGAGGAGCGAUUGUGAUGCAUGGAGAGCUGAUUUCAGGAUGGCCAGCCUGCAGGUGUUAAUAGGUGGGAGAUAUUUCAAUCACUCUGCAAUCUGAACUCACGUCUACAGUCGCGUCUCUUGAGAUCUCUCAAGAGAGAAACUUUGAGGAACUUUUCAAUUGAUUUACGGAUGAACGUUUGAGAGGUUAGGAGUGGUAUGUGACAACCCAGGCGCGACAGAGAAGUCUAUAAUACGGGAUCCAUUCUGUGAAGUUUGAGAAGGCGUCAUGGAUACUUUGGCUUUAGAGGCGAAAAGUGCUAAGAACGAUGGUGCACCAACCCCAGCGCCUUCAGCCAAACCUAGACCAAAACCUCCUAAAAAACCUAAACGCAUCGUUUACUUCGAGGUGGAGAUUGUGGCUGCCAAGACCAAGGAGAAACUGUUACUUCUGGAUAAGGUUGAGCCAACAGCAACUAUAUUGGACAUUAAGUCUAUGUUUCACAAAUCACAUCCACAUUGGUAUGCUGCCAGACAGUCUUUAUGCCUGGACCCAAAAGGAAAACCCUUAAGAGAUGAGGAAAUCCUGCAGGAGCUUCCUGUGGGCACCACUGCAACCUUCUACUUCAAAGACUUGGGAGCCCAGAUUGCCUGGGGAACUGUGUUCCUAAUCGAGUGCAUUGGCCCUCUUGUUAUUUACCUACUGUUUUAUUUUCGACUGCCUCUCAUCUAUACUCCCAAGUAUGAAUUCACCACCAGUAAACAUUGGGUUGUGCAUAUAGCCUGUAUGUGUCACACUUUCCAUUAUGCGAAGAGAAUCUUGGAGACGUUGUUUGUCCAUCGAUUUUCUCAUGGUACCAUGCCAAUGCGCAACAUUUUCAAAAACUGUUCCUAUCACUGGUGCUUUGCAGCAUGGAUGGCGUAUUACAUCAAUCACCCUCUCUACACACCUCCAUAUUAUGGAGAAAGUCAGGUGAAGACAGCACUUGGAAUCUUUCUGUUCUGUCAACUUGGCAACUUCUCAAUUCACAUGUCUCUGAGAAAUAUCAAACAUGCUGGAUCUAAGGUGAAGAAGAUUCCUUAUCCAACCAAGAAUCCAUUUACGUGGAUAUUUGCGCUUGUUUCAUGUCCUAACUACACAUAUGAGGUGGGAACUUGGCUUGGAUUCACGCUGAUGACCCAGUGUGUCCCAGUGCUAUUCUUCACCGUGGUGGGAUUUUUACAGAUGACAGUUUGGGCAAAAGGGAAACAUCGCAGCUACAUAAAAGAGUUUAAAGAGUAUCCCACACUGCGCUCCCCAAUCUUACCUUUCAUCUUGUAGCCUCCACUGAAAAUCCCAGUCAAUGAGAAUGAAAGCUUCUCAACAUCGGUGAAGAUUGUCUCCAAAACUAACAAUCCCAUUCAUUUUGCUAUAGUAAAAUACAUUAAAAGUGAUAAAUAAAAAUGUUCAAGAGUCAUACAAUGAACUCUGAGGUUGCAGUAAGUCAACCUUAUUUCUUCAUUCAUGUUUAAAUGCCAUAUUGUAAGUUUAAUUUGAUUUGUUAGUAAAAAUAAGGCCAAUUAUACGCAACCCAGUUUCAUUCAUUCUAAAAAUGCCAUGAAAUGACGAAUAAAAGGGAGGUUAUGCGGACAUUCAAGACGUUUCAACCAAGAUCAAAAAGUUUGGAAAGCUGUGAACUACAAAACAUUCUUUAACAAAUGUAUCAGUCUUAAUAUAUAUUCAUGUGUAAUAUAACCGUAGAAAGUUAAGAGACAUUGUAAUGUUGUGUUUUGUCAUGACAAAGAAAGACAGAUUUUAUUUCAAUUUAUCAUAAAUAAAAAUGAUUUUAUUGUUCAUAUACAUCUGGAUACAUAGAAAAUGGUGCAAAUUGAUUUUGUUAACCAAGUACCACAAUGUAGAAAUCAUAAGUGACUGUUCCUGUUCAGUCUAGAGAGAUGUUAUGAGAUAUGACAUUCCCAUUUUUCUUUAUUCAAAAUAUAAUUUCUUACUUUUUGUUUUUCUAAUGAAGGUGUUUUGGUGAGAUUUAUUAGCCUAAAUU